AUUUAUUGUAUUAUUUAUUGUAUUUAUUAACCAAUGGUUACGACACGUUCCGGAAGGACAUACGAUACGGAUAUGACACCGGAUGAAAUCAAAGCCGAGGUCAAACGGAUCAAAGCUGAGAUUCGGUUUGCUGAAAAUAAGAUCAAGGGUUUGGGCGAACUCGAAGAUCACCAGGAAAUGAAACGUUUAAGUAACGAAUAUUACCGGUUGUGCAACAAAAUAAUCGAAAGCAACGCCCUAUCGACUGCUGAAGAAAAAGAGUUCGAUAGCUUUAAACCAAUAAUCGAUGAUAUCUUACGAAUAAGUUCUGGUUUCGCUAUUAUCAACAAUGGGCUAAACCGAUUACGGAAAAAAGAAGCUAUCGAUCAUGAUAAUAAAAUUACGCGGAAGAAGCUUGAUGAUAUGAAAGUCGUGGUCAGCUGCAUCCCGAACAUGGAAGAACAAUUGGUGGAAUUGGAGCGACAGUUUAUAUUGUUAUCGAUCGAACAAGACGACAAGAAUGAUGUUGCUCCAAGUGAAGGAACAACGGAUGCUGCCACAACAUCAUCAAGCAAUCAAACAUCGUAUAAUGAAGCGCAACCAUUUUGGUGGGAUUAUGGUUACCAACCACGUACAGGUCCAAAGAUUGAAGCGAAACGUUUAAAAAAGUACGAUGGUGAUCCAAUUGGAUAUCCGGUAUUUCGAAAGACAAUAUCGCAUUAUCUAAUUAACAAUCCGCAAUUACGAGGUAACCUGAACAAGCUGAUGGAAAUCCGUGAUUUGCUUCCCGAGAAACAUCAAUACAUCCUCGAUCGCGUAGAUCAGGUUGAACCGGACAUGGCUGAGGUAUUGAAAAUCCUGGAUUCCCACUAUGGAGGUAGAAGUCGGGUUAUCCCAGCCUUGAAAGCACGUAUACGGGCUGCAGUCAGAUUGCCAUUACGACCGACGGAAAAGGAAUGGGAGACAAUGACCGAAACGGUUAUUCUCGUACGAAAUACGUUACGCACGACUGGUUUGGAAACCGAGGAAUUUAGCCUGAUCAGCCCGAUAAUGGCAAAAAUCGAUCGUAUUCAUUUCACUAAUAUUGGUCAAGAAGAAGAAGUUACGUUGAAACAAAUCGAGGAUUAUCUCAAACAUGGUUGGAAUCGUGAGAGAACCAUUGGAUCUCAGAUCGAUCCCGAAGAUAUUGCUGCUGCUAAUAAUCCACGUAAAUCGGUGGUCGUGAAUAAUAGGAACAAGAACGUAAUGGUAUCGUCGGCGAAAACAAAAUGUUUGUUCCAGGAUGGCGAUCAUGCUACAGCUGAUUGUACAUUGGACGCCGAACAACGUAAAAAAGUUAUGAUCGAUAAUCGAAUGUGUUUCCGCUGCGGUUAUACGAAUCACCAAAGCCGGAAUUGUAAUCGCACUGUGAAAUGUACGAUAUGUGGACGUUGUCAUUUGUCCUUCCUCUGUCGCGAUUACAAACGAUCGAGUACGCAAACCAGUUCUGUAGUGAAUGGUUCAAAUCCUAGUGAAACCGUACCAAAACAAGUUGCUACGUCAUCAUCAUCAUCUACGAAUACGCCAGUGAUGCUGACCAUGAAUGAAAAAAGUCUGCAUAAAACUAUCGUUACGACAAUCAAUAACAGGAAGGUACGUAUAUUAUUCGAUGAUGGUGCCGGUGUAUCGUUUAUAUCAAAAAGAUUGGCCGAUUUAUGGCAAUUACCGUACGAAAAUGUUGAUCCUAUCCAUAUGGACACAUUAAGUAAUUCUAAUCCUACGACGACUGGUGAUCAAUGUGUUAAAUUACGUUUACCGAUUUGGAAUGGUCAUCAGGAAGAUUUGAAUUUCCGUUUGAACGAAAAAUUGAAUAAAUUACGAUUUGAUUGUUUAUCGGUUCAUGAUCAAGAACAAUUACGAAAUAUUGGUAUUGAAUUUCUGGACGAACCAAGUGCUGUCGAUUUAUUAAUCGGACUUGACAAUAUCAAUUUAAUCCAGUUGAACGAUGAACGACGUAUAACUGACAAAAUUAUUGCGAAAAAGACGACAUUAGGUUGGCUAGUGUUCGGUCUAACGAAAACGGAAAACAUAUUGUUGACAUUGUAUCAAAACGAUAUGCAGGAAACAAGUCCAGAAUACGAUGUUGAUGAUGUUUCGAAAGACGCUAUGGAAAAGUUCAUCAUCAAUUAUUGUAACGACGACAAUGUACGAUACGACGAAAGCCGGAAACGGUAUUCAAUUAAAUUACCAUUUAUUAAUAACGUAGACAUCGACUCAAAUUUUGUAGCCGCUAAAAAUAUUACGACAAAUAUGAUUCGACGUAUGAACGAAAAGCGUCGUGAAGAAUAUCAAGCAUUAUUGACCGAUUUAGAGCAGAAGGAAAUAAUCGAAUCGACGAAAAUUAUUACGAAUGACGGAUAUCAUAUGCCGCACUUUGUGGUGGCACGAGAAGAUAAAAAUACCACAAAGUUGCGAAUGGUGUUCCAUGCGUCGCAUGGUUCGAAACCGUUAAACAAGGCAAUAUUCAAGGGCAUCACGUCCUGGAGUAUUAUUCGAUCGAUAUUGACAUUCAGGAUGAAACCGAUUGGCGUGAUCAGUGACAUUCAAUCCGCCUUCCACAAUAUCGAAGUCCAACAGGAACAUCGGAAGUUUAUCAAGUUUCUUUGGAUGAAUAAUGACGAUCAAUUAAUAUGUUAUCAAUUUAACAGAUUACCGUUUGGAUUAUCGUCGAGCCCGUUCGUAUUGUACGCAGUGAUUAAUCAUCAUAUUAAAAAGUAUCAAGAUAAAUAUCCGAACGCGGUAAAAAUGGUUCGUGAUGGAUUAUACGUCGACGAUAUGAUAUUCUCAGCUGACGAUGCAAUUGAAGUUGAAGGUAUCAAACAACAAUGUAUUGAGAUAUUUUCGGAUGCAUCAAUGAAUUUACGAAAGUGGCGAACAUCGGAUGAUGAUUUAAAUCGACAAUGGAACGAUGAUUUAGCCGAAUCGAAAGUAUUAGGAAUGGAAUGGACCAACGAUGAUCAUCUUCAAAUCGCCAUUCCCGAAUUUAAAAGUAACGAACCGAUCACGAAGCGAAAUGUAGUGAGCUAUUUAGCAUCAAUUUAUGAUCCAUUUGGUUUCGUUCUGGCUACCAGUUUUAAAUUGAAAUUAUUGGUUCACGAAGCAUGGAUGAAAGGACUUGAUUGGGACGAGGUGAUGCCAAACAAUUUAGCACGUGAUGUAUUGAAAGCGGUGGUCGAAAUCGAUAAGUUGAAAACUUUUAAGUUUAAACGUUUUAUGUUUGACCAAACCGUGAGUACCUAUGAUUUAAUGAUUUUUGUUGAUGCCAGUAAGAAUGCCAUUGGUAUUGCUGCUUACGUGUCGGAUGGUCGAAUUUUAUCAUUGGUUUACGCAAAGUCGAAGUUGAUCAAACAUCGAAAAAUCGUUACAGGUGAAUUGCUAGCCCUAUCAUAUGGUGCAAACGUAGCAAGUUCCUUGAAGGAAAUGAUCCAUCCGAAACGAACCGUUAUGUUCUCGGAUUCAAUGGACAAUGUACAUCGACUGACGCAGGAUAUUAAUAAAUUUCCGUAUCCAGUUGCCGUUCAUUUGUAUAAUAUCAAAAUGAAAGUGAACGAGAUACGUCAUAUACCAGGAAACAUCAAUCCAGCGGACGCGUUUACACGUGGUGUGAAUGUUGAUCAGCUUAAUGGUUUACAUCGUUGUAAUCUUAAUGAUAUUGUUAAUGAUGAUGACACGAACGUGAUGAUGAUUACAACCACCGUAUUGACUACCGCGAAUUAUGAUCUAUCGAACAUCGAUUUGGAUGCUGAAUUAAGCUACGAUGAUUGGAUUAAACUGAUUGAUGAACAACCGUCAGAUUGGAAGAAGACGAUUGAUACUAAUGAAAAUUCGUUAACGAUUUUAAUUAAAUUAAUUCAACAAAAGUUUAUUACCGAUGAUAUGCGGAAAAAUAUACCAAUGUUUAUCGAUGAUAACCAGAUUUUACGUUGUCAAAGUCGACUUGAUAAUGCUGAUUUUACGUACGAUGAGAAAUAUCCAUUGAUUUUACCUAAAUGUGCUUUUACUACAUCGUUUUUAACCAAUUUACAUGAACAAGAUGAACACGGAUCUGUAAACUAUACAUUAUCGAAUUUACGUACGAAGUAUUUUGUACCAAAAGCAAGACAAUUAUUGAUCCGCAUAAAAAACAAGUGCUCGAAAUGUCGUGCUUUACAAGCAAAACCGUUGGACGUGUUCUUAGGAUGUCCACCGCCAGAAAGAUUGAAUCGUAGUCAGCCGUUUGAACAUAUUGGUGUUGAUUUGUUCGAACUGAAAACGGAACCGAAAGCUAUUGGUAUGAUAUUUACAUGUGCUACUACGAGAUCGGUACAUUUUGAAUUAUUGGAAGAUGCUACCGCACAAAGUAUUUGUAAUGCCUUUAUGGUUUUCUCUGAUCUAAAUCGAAUACCGAUGACUAUAUUUUCUGAUAAUGGUCCAAAUCUAAAGAAAUUUAGUCAAUUAUUGAAAAGUGCAUUGCACAAAUUGAAUUACGAAUUUAAAUGGCAUUUCAAUACGCCUGCAUCUCCAUUUCGUGGAGGUUUUUUCGAAUCAUUGAUCAAGACCAUGAAGAAAGGUUUUUAUUGUAUCAAUUGGCAACGGAAAUUGGAUCGAAAUGACAUUAGACGUGCAUUAUAUCGAAUACAAGCGAUCAUGAAUGGACGUCCGUUAAUUCAUGAUAAAGAUACGAUAUUGACACCAAAUCAUCUACGAUUUGGUUAUAAUCCAAAGGGGCCGUUGGUGCCACCGAAACGUGGUUUACCCGUGGAGCCACUGUUGUCAUACUGGCGAGGAACACAAAAGCAUAUCGACGCCGCUUGGCGGAUCUAUCGGGAUAUCUAUCUAAAGGGACUGCGGUCAUUCUAUCGGAAUGGCCACACAUAUCAACAUAUGGCAGUCGGAGAUAAAGUGUUAAUGAUUGAUGAUCAUCUUCCCGUUAGUUUAUGGAAAAUCGCUACGGUCACGAAUACAAUACCAGAUAAACGAGGAAUCGUGAGAACGUAUGAGGUCGAAUUGGACAAACGAAAAUAUCGACGUCCUGCACAACGGCUUGCGCCAUUGGAGGGGGCAGGAAUGGACAAAAAAUUUUGACCAUGAAUGGGUUUCAUACAUUAACUUGGUCAAGGUCGUAUUUAAGACAAACUGCGCACAUAUAAAAGGGCCAGUAACAUCAUUUUUAAAAUUGUGAUCAUUAUGAUUGUUGUUGUUUUUAUUUUUCUCUG